GUCUAUGAAUGCUAUUGAUUGGUCGACGAGGAGAUGUAAAAAAUGGCUGCCUUGCCUUCUCCUACUCAGGUGGCAGGGACCCACAGUGCUAUAUACGAAGCAUAUUAUCACCAAGUGGAUCCUCAGGGCACCGGUGCGAUACAGGCCCUGGAUGCGGCUCGGUUCCUCAAGAAGUCGUACCUCAGCGAUGUGGUCCUUAGCAAGAUCUGGGACCUGUCAGACCCCACGGGCAAGGGGUACCUUGAUAAGGCGGGCUUAUUCGUGGCGCUGAAGCUGGUGGCGCUGGCGCAGGCCGGCCGCGACAUCAACAUGAGCAACAUACACACCGACGCGCCGCCGCCCAAAGUUGGGGAGAUACCCAAAGUGUCGCACGGCCCGCCCCCCGCGCGGCCCGCGGCGCCCUCGCCCGCGCCGCUGGGCGACUGGACCAUGAAGCCGGCCGAGCGGGACAAGUACAGCCAGCUGUUCGACUCGCUGCAGCCUAGCAACGGACUCAUCGCCGGGAACAAGGUCAAAGGUGUGCUGAUGGAAUCCAAGCUGCCUUUAGAGACCCUGGGCAAGAUUUGGGACCUGGCCGACCAGGACAAGGACGGCAUGCUCGACCGGCACGAGUUCAUGGUGGCGAUGCACCUGGUCUACAAGGCGCUUGAAAAGCACGCGGUGCCUACGACCCUACCGCCCGAGUUGCGUGGGCGGCCCGCGCGACCGCCCUCCCGCCCGCCCUCCCGCCCGCCCUCGCGCCCGCCCUCGCCGCAGCCACGCCCACCGCCGCCGCGCCCCGCGCACCAACCGCCGCAGUCUAAUGCUGCCUUGUUGGAGGGGCUGCUGGACCUGUCCAGCCCGCCCACGCAAACAGCGCCACCCCUAGUGACGCCGGCAACCGGCGCGGCGCCGGCGUGGGUGGUGACGGCGGCCGAGCGCGCCGCCUACGACGCGCAGUUCGCCGCCGCCGACCAGGACCGCGACGGCUUCGUCUCCGGCGCCGAGAUCAAGCACGCGUUCCUGGACUCCGGCCUGCCGCAGCAGACGCUCGCGCACAUAUGGGCACUAUGCGAUACGAGCAGCGUGGGCAAGUUAUCGCGCGAGCAAUUUGCACUGGCCAUGUGGUUAGUAGCGCGCGCGGUGCGAGGCACGCCGCCGCCGCCGACUCUCACCGCCGAAAUGGUCCCGCCGUCCUGUCGCCCGCCGCCCGCCGCCGCCGCCGCCGCCGCCCCUGCCACCGCCACUGUUGACUUGCUUCAGAAGAACGAGCCAGCACUGAACUUAGGCCCGCAGCCGACGCCGGAGAUGGAGGCCAUAGCGCGCGAGGUGGACGCGUUGGCGCGGGAGCGGCUCGCGCUGGACGCAGAGCUCGCGGCCAAGCAGCGCUCGCUCGCCGUCAAGAGCGGAGAGGCUUCCAGUCUGCAGAGCGAGCUGGACACAUUGACGGCAACAUUAAAACAGUUAGAAAACCAAAAAGGAGAAGCACAAAAGAGAUUAAACGACCUCAAGUCACAGGUGGACAAGCUCCGCGCGCAAGUGUCGGCGGCGGAGGCGGCGGCGGCGGAGACGGAAGCGGAGGUGGCGGCGAGACGGGCCGCCGCACAGACGCUCAAGGAGAAGGAACGCGCACUGCAGCAGGACGCUACUGCUGCGGAGGCGGAAGCGGACGCGAUCACUGCUCGCCUGAGCCGCACCGUCAUCGCGCUCAGCCAGGUGUGGGCCGCCGCGCAGACGCUCAAGGAGGAGCGCGCGCUGCAGCAGGACGCUACUGCUGCGGAGGCAGAAGCGGACGCGAUCACUGCUCGCCUGAGCCGCACCGUCAUCGCGCUCAGCCAGGUGUGGGCCGCCGCGCAGACGCUCAAGGAGGAGCGCGCGCUGCAGCAGGACGCUACUGCUGCGGAGGCAGAAGCGGACGCGAUCACUGCUCGCCUGAGCCGCACCGUCAUCGCGCUCAGCCAGACGCUCAAGGAGAAGGAACGUGCAUUGCAGCAGGACGCUACUGCUGCGGAGGCAGAAGCGGACGCGAUCACUGCUCGCCUGAGCCGCACCGUCAUCGCGCUCAGCCAGGAGGAGCGCGCGCUGCAGCAGGACGCUACUGCUGCGGAGGCAGAAGCGGACGCGAUCACUGCUCGCCUGAGCCGCACCGUCAUCGCGCUCAGCCAGGCGAACAUCAAGAUCGGCCACCUGGAGGAGCAGUUCCGUCUGAUCUCGGACGCGACGGCGGCGUUAGAGGCGGGCGGGCCGGCGGCGGCGGCGGCGGCGGCGCUGCAGCCGCAGUUCGGCGCCGAACAUCUAGCGCGCGUCGUGCGCGGCGCCACGCCUAGUGACGCGCUGGAGGACGAGUCGUUCUCGGGCGAGAACGCAUUCGGCAACAUGAACGGGUCGGCGGGCUUCGGCGCCGACCCCUUCAAGGACGACGCCUUCCGCGCGCGCGACCCCUUCGCGCCCAGCCAGCCCAACCACAACGCAAAGCAGGACGGCUUCGGUCACGACCCGUUCGCGCCCAGCGCAGACCCGUUUGCGGGCGAUGCCUUUGCGCCCGCCGACAACAAGCCCAAGGCGAACGAUGACGGCGCGUGGGAAUCCGACCCGUUCGCCGUGCUUCACGCGCCCACGCGUGCCAGCCUGGCGGGCGCGGGCGGUGGCUCCGGCGCGGAGUCGCCGACGCCCGUGCUGCCGCCCAAGGCGCACAAGACGCCGCCGCCACGCCCCGCCCCGCCGCGACCCAACCCGCCGCACAAGCCCCGCGCCAUGGACUUCACCGAGGACCCCUUCAAGGACUACCGCUACGAGGACCCCUUCAACAUCGAGGACCCCUUCGCCGACGCCGACGCCCGCCGACCCACCUCCGUCGCCGGCUUCGAGACCGACCUGUUCUCAAACGCCCCCGCCCCGCCCCGCGGCGGCCGCGUCUCCGCCCCGCCGGUACAAACUGCCCCGCCCGACGCCUGGGCCGCCUGGCCCAACGACAACUGGGCCGCCGACGACGCCUGGGCCAAGCCCGUCCGCCCUGCGCCCGCUACCAAGCCCCUUAACAACUCUAACGCCGACGCGUGGGCCGGGAACUCCAGCGACAACGCCGGCGACUGGAAGACCGACAACUGGGCGAGCAAGGCCGACGGCUGGGCCGCCGACUGGGGCGCCGACCACAACCGCAACCUCAACGAAACCUGGCCUUCCACGCUGCCCGGCAAGAAGGAGCGCAGCCCGAAGCCGGUCAAGUACGCCAAGUCGCUCGUGCACACCAUCGGCGGCAUCGGCCGCGCCAAGCACAAGGAGAAGAAGGCCAAAGCGCUGGACGCGCUGCCGUCCGAGGAGCAGCAGUGGGCGUGGGCCGCGGCCGAGUCGGCGCGCCUGCAGGCCGAGGCCGACGCGCGCCGCCGACAGGAGGACGCCGAGUUACAGCUCGCGCUGGCCAUCUCGCGCCAGGAGAAGUGAGCCGGCUUUGCAGGGCUCCUCCCGAAUGCUUCGUUUUGAAUGUUUCCGUCUCUUUUACGCGAACGCGAGCGACCGGGACGGGUAGACCAGAAACUGCGCGAGAGGCGUUCCGGAGUGGCCCGCUGCGCGAUCAAGUCUCCGAACCGAGGCAUUUGACGUUUCGUUCAUCGUUUGUUUAGCGAGCGACCGUUCGUCGGGGGCGCUCUCGCUACGUUAUGAUACUGUUGUAUCGGAAAGUUUGGGAGUGGAGCGAAAUUGUGGAAGCCGGUGCGUGUGCGUGCCAGCUUAUGCGUCCCAGUCGGUGUCCCAGUUUAAAUCAAAGUAUUAGAACUGUUUUUCGAAUCGAUCGGAGCUGGAUCGGUUGAC